GGUCCGCACGUGCAGUUACCCGUGUCGGAUUCGUCUCGCGCUCGAUUUGAGAAUUAGGGUUUCUGAUAGUAUUUAGCAAAAUAAAACCGCCGAGGACGGCUAGGGUUUCAUUUCCUCUCAUCAGGCUAUCAUAGACAUACAGAGAGACACGACGCCAUGGCAAGGAUCAAGGUUCACGAGUUGAGGCAGAAGUCCAAGGCGGAUCUGUUGGCGCAGUUGAAGGAUCUGAAAGCAGAGCUUGCUCUUCUUCGCGUCGCCAAGGUCACUGGCGGUGCCCCCAACAAGCUCUCCAAGAUUAAGGUGGUGAGGCUGUCGAUAGCACAGGUGUUGACGGUGAUCUCACAGAAGCAGAAGGCGGCGCUUAGGGAGGUUUACAAGAACAAGAAGUACCUGCCCCUUGAUCUGCGUCCCAAGAAGACCAGAGCCAUUAGGAGACGCCUCACCAAGCACCAGGUGUCAUUGAAGACAGAAAGGGAGAAAAAGAAGGAGAUGUACUACCCAAUGAGGAAGUAUGCCAUCAAGGUUUAGCAUUCAACUUGCUUUUGAAGGCCAUUGUUUCUCUCUACUUUUUAAUGUAUUUCCUAUUGAGGAACUAUGCCAUCCAGGUUUAGGAUCCAAAUUUCCUUUGAAGGCUUUUGUUUCUAUUCUCUAUAUCCUGAGGACAAUGCAAUCAGUUUCCUAUUAUUUGUUUCUGCCCUCUUCGGCCGAACAUAUGAUGAAUGAGAACUUAAAUGUGAGGUUUUUUUUUUAAUUAUACUAUAUUUUUCAUGCA